AUGGGAAGCGCGCAGGUGUCGCCGGCGGAGAGUGUGGUGACGGCUUCCCGACGGUCGACGACGGUCGGCGCUGCUCUGGGCCGGGGCGCUGCGCCGGCGGCGUCUCGCGGCGGGAAAGUGGGGCAGGCGGGCCCGCGCGGGGAGGAAGAGGGGGUUGCCAGCGACUCAAACCCGGCAGUCGACGGCCGGCACCCGACAGUCGAGCACCCGCCCUGCGCGUCUCUCUCCCCGGCGGCCCAGCGUCCUCAGCAGCCGAGCGCCCUACCUCCGGCGGCCGCAGGGGCACCUGGCAGCGCCCGCCUCGCCAUGCGUGUCACUGCACUAUGUGUAGUAGGAGUCCUGCUGGUCAUACGGGCGAGUGCUUCUGCUCAGCAUGCGGACAUCUCUGACGUCCCCACGACGGCAGCGGAGGGACUAGGAGAUCCUUCCGUUCGUUACGACAACGAAGGCUACUACAUUUCACCGAUGACGCAAAUCGAACAGGAUUCUGCUUUCACGACGCCGAUCACCAGCAUCGCAGAUGAGUCCGAGCUGAAGACCAACUUCACGGUGAACGAGGUCGAUGUGAACGGCACUGUGAAGGAGGUACAAGACAUUCUGGCGGCCAAUCCCGCCCUGCCCAGACUAUCCACGCAGGAGAUACUCGAUAUACUGUACAAUAUCACGGGAAACUCCAGUGACACGACCUCAACUGAGGUGCGAAAGUCGAGGGAGAACUACAGGCGAGCGUUGAUGGUCGUCCUGCCUUUCAAAGCAAAUAACUUGAGUGACACCAGCAUGCAGGAACUAUACACCAAGCGGCCCAUCACUAGGAUCAUCGCAAACGAGACUGAAGGGUUUCUUGCUUCUGCAAACUCUGCACUUGGUUACGAUUCAAAGUUGGGCAAGAAGCCCACACACCUUCAUCAGGAAGAACAAAAACUAAAGAGAACCCAAUCAGAAUUAGAGCAAUACACAUCGGAAUCCAAGCCGAUGAAGUUAUAUUCGAGCAAAUAUGGGCCACCAGAAGAAAAGGAACCACUGCACGGCUUUGGCACAGAAGUGCAGGCUCCUAACCACCGAUAUCCUGUAGAUGAAAAAAUACAACAGUCAAUCACACUCAAGUCCGUUCAGCAGACUACAUCCAGCAAUGGCUUGCACAUUUCUUAUAACCAGGAAACUGAAAGACCAACCACCCAGAAAUAUACAGAUCUUAUCCAACCUAUAUCGACACAAAAACCUAAUACCUUACCAUCUACUGAAUCAAACAAAAUUAUACCUGAUACAAUCAAGAAUCUACACCAUCAACAACAAAGCCACUAUCAUGCUGUGGUCAGCACACCAGAAAAUAUUGGUCAGCAAAGUAGUAGUCAUCUUCAGAAUCAAAACUAUGCACCCAGUGCAAAACCUGGACAACAAUAUCAUAACUUUCAAAAUCAACAUGUGUUGUCGACUGCAACAAAGCGACCACAGCUACAUCAACCAAGUAAACGAAGACGUCGUCCCCAAAUUUCUAAUCAUUCAGCUCCUUCAAGGAAUGGAAUAAACAACCUACCAACACGGAUGCCACCCUUUGGUUUGACAUAUACAACACCAACUACUUCGGUACAUCAUAUUAUGAGCUCUAGUAUUACAUCACCAGUUUUAUCAACAGGAUCAAAUUAUUUUUCAACACAAAUGUCUAUAGCCCCUUCUCCGUAUGUAACUACUAAUCCAGUACGCCAACCCAUAGUAUAUGCCACAAAGUAUCCAGCAAUACCUCCUGAUACUCAAGCAACACAAAUAAAAAGCACUAGGAUACUACCGAACUCAACAGCAGCUAAUGCAGUUAAUUCUCAAAAUACUCACAAGCAUCAAAACAUUGAAACUAGCACAGUAAGACUAGCUCAAGCUCCAAUAAAAACUUACAAUAACGAGCAAGCUGGGCAAAGUAAUGCUCAUUUGAUAAACAAUUUUCAACCACUUGCACAAAAUAAUAGAGUAAAUUCUGAAACUUCGUCCUACACAACAAACACUCAAGAACAUUUUGAUGUUGCUCUACCAAAUGAAAUGAGAGAUGUUUUGGCCUCGAUGAAUGUUAAAAUAACAGAACAGGAGAAUCAUAAACCACAAUCUAACAUUCUUUUCAUUACACCUUCACCAUCGCUCAACGCGGGACUCCAAGACACGUUUAUUAACAGGAACCCCCAAAAUGAUGUGACAACAGAAAAAAAUAUGCACGAGAAAGUAAGAGAGGUCCUUGCUGCUAUAGGACUAUUUCCCGCUAACGAUACGCCAACCUCUACAACAUAUCCGACAAUAGCAGUGACAACAGCGAAAUCCCUAACGACUCCAAAUGCAUCAAUGGCUGCAGAAUCUCUUUCACAAGAAAUGAAAGAUAUUCUGAUGUCAAUCGGGCUUCUCCCGUCACCGAAUGGAGAGAAAUAUAGCCAGGAGACUCAGGCGGUUACAACAGAACAAUCUCUGCCCAAGUUAAAUGUUGAACCCACUGUAAACCCUAGCUCUUAUCUUAGCUUUAAACCCCUUCCCAUUCCUAGACACUCGGGAGAAAGCAUACAAGACGAUAUCAUGAGCAGUGACAUGAAGCAGUUUCUUGCAUCUUUUGGACUGGUGCCAAUGUCUGAAACAGGCAGGGAAGCACCAACGAACAUUGGGGUUCCCAGAGCUCGAUCUCAAAAAUCUCUAAACUCUAAUGUAGAAGGAUCGUCAAUAAACGCAGAAAAACAAAACAAAACUGUAAACGAAUCUUCCCUAACCACUGGAUUGCCUACAAUCAACACAGAAAUAAUGUCUGAUGAAAUGAUGGAUGUCUUAGAAAACUUAGGUCUGGUGCCAUCACAAAACAAAAAGCUCGACGAGAAGAAGAAAACAAACAAGAAAUUAAACAAGAAUAUUUACAAACCAUCUACUCAUUAUGCAAUGCUAAAUCACACAAAAGAAGAAACGCAGAGACUUAACAAACUCUUGGAAAUAAUCAAACAUUUGACGAAAGAAAAUGGUACCCUAAGUCCGGAAGAGAUUCGAGAGCUGAACACCACAUUUUCAAUACCGCUCAUGACUGUCCCUGGUCCACUUAGCACACGAAGGGAUAUGUUACAAUUGGGCAUUGAUGAUGAGAAAAAAUUUACUCUAGAUCAAAUAAAAGAUGCUCCCGAUCCGUUACUUUUGGAAGAGUGGUUUCCAAUCAAUGGUGAGCAAAAAAAUGACGUAAAACGUCAACAAGAAAACAUGACCGGCCCAGAUUCUGCCUCGAAUACAAAUGAAACGUCUCCAUCAUCUUCUUCGUCAUCCGCAUCAUCUUCAUCAUCUUCUUCGUCAUCCGCAUCAUCUUCAUCUUCAUUGCCUUCGUCAUCCGCAUCAUCUUCAUCUUCGUCAUCGUCUUCAUCAUCAUCCGCAGACUCCGCGGGUCCUUCUCUCGCCGACCUUGCAGAGUCUUUUGGUGGGGGCGAGACAGCCCUGGCCAACGCUGACGUCAGUAAAGACCUUCCAACACCUAAACCAAAUGGACUGUACUUUCUGCUCGACUGGCACUCGUUUCUUGAAGUUGGCGAAGAGGAAAAAGAUAAAGUUAACCUUAGGUUUGAACCUAAAAUAGGAAACAGCAGAAAUUUCUUACCAGUGAAUGUACCAUGAAAACCAUUAAACAGUUCACUGCACAAAAUAAGCUUUAACUUUAAGUCAGUCAUGAUUAAUUACUUAUUCGUUAGAUUAAGUUAUGUAUUGGUAAAUGUUUUUGUGCCAACAUAUUUUUUAAUGCCUGAAACAUGUUCAUAAUUUACACACAUUUUUUCAACUGCCUAUAUCUGUUAGCACAAAAAGCAGGCAAUAAUGGAAGAAAAAUUACAGUUUAGUUAUAAAUGACAAUCACGGAAAUUUAAGCAAUAAAUAACUUUCUCUAAGCGUAUGUAGCGUAGCCAGGUUGAAAAAUAUAUGUUAAAUGUUUAUGGACCAAGGACACGAAUAUCAUAUUAUAUCAUAUUUAUGAAAUAUAUUUAUUUCAAUAAGUAAAAAGCUCAUAAAACAUUGUAUUUAUUCAGUUAUUGCGUCAUAUUUUCUUGCUGUUCAAGACAUGUUUGUUUCAAUCAUACCAAGAGUAUAACCUUUGAGUUUAAUUUGUGAUAGCAAAAAAAAAAAAAAGAUAGCAGAUUUCUCAAGCCGCCUGGAAAAAUGGAGGAAAAAAAUAUGUUGGAUCAGAUCUCAUAGCUGUAAUGACACGUCACCUUAUAAAUGUGAUUAUAGGUAAACAUACCAUUUUGGCCAUAAAAUGUUGUUAGUAUUAGGCUAUUUAAUUAUCUAAGGAGUUUUUUUCCAAAUCCCUUGAACAAAGUAUACUUGAAUACGAAUUUUGAGAAAUUACUUUUCUAGAUUUUCCUCAUUUGUAUGCGUGCGUCUCAAAAUCCUUACAAAUGUAUUUUUUUUUUCCACAAAAUGUUAUCAAAAUUAUUGCAAACUAAGGAGGUUUUCUCAAAUAUUUAACACUAAAAUUCAUAUACUUGUAAACAAAUGUUGUUACAAGUAGAAAAUGUUUGAGACUAUAUAUUUUUGGUCAUGUACCAAACUGGUUUGAAGGAACACACAUUGGCACAUUUUCCUCUGGUUUUGUGUAUCAGAGUUUACAUUUGUGUCAGAAUUGUUACUGUCUUUAGAAUUUGAGAUUGUGUUGUACUUUCUUUGACUCGUAAGGUAGAAGUUUCUAAAAAAGACUUUCCAAACUAUUUAAAGCCACUGACGAGAAUAAAAAAUAUGUGUACUCUAA